AUGAUUUCACCAGCCCAAGAGAGCUCAUCGGCUAGCAGUGCUAUGCCCCUUCGCCCCCUCACGGGCUGCCGAGCCGGUCUUUACACUUUCCCAAAUCUACCGAUUGAAGAAUCCAUCAGUCUCCCCAAGGACUCCCUUGGCUACCAGGACAGGUCUGCAAUCGAGGCCUGGGUCAAUGGCGACGACGAUGCCGAUGCCUACUUCGCUGACGCAAACGAGACCUUUACGCAGGAGGAGACCAACACCGCCGACGAGUUCUUCAACGCGCGCAGCUCGUUCUCGAAGGGCAGCACCUUCGCUGACGAGACAUUCGGCGAUCUCGAUGAAGACGCGUCUCUCGUCUCCCUCCCCUUCUCCAUUAAAGAGGCUGCCCACCGAACUCCAUACCCAUAUUCUCCCCCUACUCCGUACCCAAUGAAUUUCCUCAGCCCUUACCCAACUCCUCCACCUACUCCUCCCCCGACUUCCCAAUCCGAAGUCAAAGCAGAAGAAGACACCAACCGCGGCCGCAUCCGCACCCGAGGCCGCGCCCUCGCCCUCACCACCCCAAUCCGCCCGAAUCUCCUCCGCCAGGACGCCAUGUCAUGGACCGACGACCUGGUCAAGAAGAGCCUUACCCGUGGCCGCGGCCGCGCCCUCACGCUCAUCACCCCGGACCGCCCGACCUUCCCCCACCAGGAAGGCAUGCCUUGGACCGACGACCUCGUUAAGGAGAGUCCCACCCGCGCCCCCACGCUCGUAAUCGCACCCGGCGGCGCACUCCCCGGCGUCACGCUCCACAAGGCCUCGACGCUGUGUGUCGGAAGCGAGGCGCUGAUGCCUGCGCCGCAGUUGAGCCGCCGGCUGAGCAUCCCGUUGACGGCGCGGACGCACUUUCAUCCUUCGCCGUUCAAGGGGGAGGCGCAGCCGGGAAGUGAGGUGCCGGUUGUGAGUCUCGAUGAGGCGGCGCCGACGGCUUGGAACAGGGAGGGGGAGGGGAUGCGCAGUGAUCUUCUGCCUGUGAGGCGGAACCUUGGGGAUGGGUGGUAG